GUCACGGACUCAGCCGCCGUCGCUACGCCGGAUCAAGUGGCGUGCGAAUGAUCUACCCGAGAUGCACCCGUGCGAACUCCGGCUAUAGUCUUGCCGGUCCGGGCCCGUCGUCUGCCGUCCCCCGCAGGAUGAACAGAGUAUGGCUCUCUGCCCAAAUCCUCGAUGAUGCAGUCCCCGCACGACCCCGCAAACGACCAGCUAUCCGUCCUCGCCUUCCCCGAGAUUGAUUUCACGUUCGACCCCACCCAGUUCGACCCCGCCCUGUUUCCGCCUCCUCCUCCUCUUCCGGCCUCCGCUGAUCUUUUCACCCCUUCCGAGGCGACGGACUUUUUCGGCUUCCUCGACACGCUCAACUUCGAGCUCGACCCCGAACAAAAUCUGUUCCAGGAUGAUCCCGCUUUGAACCCACCGCGUCAUGCCGCACCCUACUCGAACCCCCAUACGAAUACAGCGCCAGAACCGUCUGCCGCGUCGAAGCGGACAUCUACGCGGCCCUCAUCUUCGAGGGGCGUGCGCGGAUCUUCCGAUGACGUGAAAGCUGUAUCCCCGGUCGCUGCAAGUCCCGCUGCGCCAUUCCGUUCUCCGCCCUCGCUUUCCGACAUUCCGGAACAACCACCCCAACCAAGACCUGGCACCGCCGCUGCUAUCGCCCGCCAAAAGCCUCUCCUCUCCACGCCGCAGAAGCGCUUGAAUCACAUCAUGUCCGAGCAGAAACGUCGGAACGCUAUCCGGGAUGGCUAUGCCCAGCUCAUCUCGCUCCUGACCCCAGCUGGUGCUCAAGGCGAGAUUAUGCUACCAACACGCGGCAGGCCAAAAGGCAGUGGGAGCAGGAGCAAAGGACGCGGACAGGGAAAGAGCGGCGUGCUGUUCCGGGCGGUGGAGUAUUGCAAGUGGCUCGAGGAGGGACGAGAUGCUCUGAAGGCAGAAAUGAUCAUGUUGUAUCAUAAAAAGUUCGCACCGUGCG